UGCGGGAGCCAGGAGCCAGCCGCGGGCCACCUCCACCUGGCCCCACUGACCCUCCGGGGCCAAGGCUCGGCCAAGAGUGAGCUGCCCUCGGAGGCCAGCGAGAGGAAGAUGGCCCAGUCCACCACCACCUCCCCCGAUGGGGGCACCACGUUCGAGCACCUCUGGAGCUCUCUGGAACCAGACAGCACCUACUUCGACCUUCCCCAGUCAAGCCGGGGGACUAAUGAGGCGGUGGGUGGCACAGAUUCCAGCAUGGACGUCUUCCACCUGGAGGGCAUGACCACAUCUGUCAUGGCCCAGUUCAAUUUGCUGAGCAGCACCAUGGACCAGAUGGGCAGCCGCGCGGCCUCGGCCAGCCCCUACACCCCGGAGCAUGCUGCCAGCGUGCCCACCCACUCGCCCUAUGCGCAGCCCAGCUCCACCUUCGACACCAUGUCGCCGGCACCUGUCAUCCCCUCCAACACCGACUACCCCGGGCCCCACCACUUCGAGGUCACUUUCCAGCAGUCCAGCACAGCCAAGUCGGCCACCUGGACGUACUCCCCGCUGUUGAAGAAACUGUACUGCCAAAUUGCCAAGACGUGCCCCAUCCAGAUCAAGGUGUCCACCCCACCGCCCCCGGGCACCGCCAUCCGGGCCAUGCCCGUCUACAAGAAGGCGGAGCACGUAACCGACAUUGUGAAGCGCUGCCCCAACCACGAGCUCGGGAGGGACUUCAAUGAAGGACAGUCUGCCCCAGCCAGCCACCUCAUCCGUGUGGAAGGCAAUAAUCUCUCACAGUAUGUGGACGACCCUGUCACCGGCAGGCAGAGCGUCGUGGUGCCCUAUGAGCCACCACAGGUGGGGACAGAAUUCACCACCAUCCUGUACAACUUCAUGUGCAACAGCAGCUGUGUGGGGGGCAUGAACCGGCGGCCUAUCCUCAUCAUCAUCACCCUGGAGACACGGGAUGGGCAGGUGCUGGGCCGCCGGUCCUUUGAGGGCCGCAUCUGCGCCUGUCCUGGCCGCGACCGGAAAGCGGACGAGGAUCACUACCGGGAGCAGCAGGCCCUGAACGAGAGCACCGCCAAGAAUGGGGCCGCCAGCAAGCGUGCCUUCAAGCAGAGCCCCCCUGCCGUCCCCGCCCUGGGUGCCAGCGUGAAGAAGCGGCGGCAUGGAGACGAGGACACGUACUACCUGCACGUGCGAGGCCGUGAGAACUUCGAGAUCCUGAUGAAGCUGAAGGAGAGCCUGGAGCUGAUGGAGCUGGUGCCGCAGCCGCUGGUGGACUCCUAUCGGCAGCAGCAGCAGCUCCUCCAGAGGCCGAGCCACCUGCAGCCCCCGUCCUAUGGGCCGGUCCUCUCGCCCAUGAACAAGGUGCACGGGGGCAUGAACAAGCUGCCCUCUGUCAACCAGCUGGUGGGCCAGCCUCCCCCGCACAGCUCGGCCGCAGCACCCAAUCUGGGGCCUGUGGGCCCCGGGAUGCUCAACAAUCACAGCCACACCGCACCGGCCAACGGUGAGAUGAGCAGCGGCCACGGCGCCCAGGCCAUGGUCUCGGGGCCCCACUGCACUCCGCCACCCCCCUACCACGCCGACCCCAGCCUCAUCAGUUUUUUAACAGGAUUGGGGUGUCCAAACUGCAUCGAGUAUUUCACCUCCCAAGGGUUGCAGAGCAUUUACCACCUGCAAAACCUGACCAUUGAGGACCUGGGGGCCCUGAAGAUCCCCGAGCAGUACCGCAUGACCAUCUGGCGGGGCCUGCAGGACCUGAAGCAGGGCCACGACUACGGCGCUGCGCAGCAGCUGCUCCGCUCCAGCAACGCGGCCACCAUCUCCAUCGGCAGCUCCGGGGAGCUGCAGCGCCAGCGGGUCAUGGAGGCCGUGCACUUCCGCGUGCGCCACACCAUCACCAUCCCCAACCGUGGUGGCCCGGGCGGCCCUGACGAGUGGGCAGACUUCGGCUUCGACCUGCCCGACUGCAAGGCCCGCAAGCAGCCCAUCAAAGAGGAGUUCGCGGAGGCGGAGAUCCACUGAGGGCCCCGCCCGGCCAAACCCGCAGCCUGCGCUGCAGAGACCAGAGCCGCCGCCCCUCUCCUUCCUGCGCCUCCAAAAUGGCCUCAGGAGGCAGGGCCUUCGGCUGUGCCCAGGAAAGACGAGGUCUGGCCAACCCCAGGCGCUUCCCCGGCCCCAGGAGAGGCCCCGCCCCGAAGCCACCUGCUCAGGAAGGCCUGAGUCGCCUGUGGAACCUUCUGGAGCUGCCCUAGUGAUGGGCUUGCGGGGCAGGGGCUGACCCCCUCUCUCAGCCCUGCCGCUGCCCUUGGGCUCCAUGGCUGGCGUGGGUGGGGUCUGCAGUGUCGGCUCCGUCCUCAGGCCUCAUCCUAGGGACUCUGUCAAGUGAGGUCCUCCCAAAGGAAAGGAUCCCCUUUGCUGACGGACUGCCAAAAAGUAUUUUGUGACACCUUUUGGUUCUGGAUAACAGUGACCAACCAAGUGACUGUGUCUGAAACACAUGUUAUUUUCAGGGAAUGCGUCUCCCCUGCGCUGGGGGCUGGGGACUCUCUGCCAGACUUGGGACAGGACUCUCUGCCCCCAGCAUGCUGUAUUCUGCAGGACCGACCCCCUCCUGCCCCAGUCAACAGUGUUGUGAAACUGGAGAAAACUGGGGAGGGCGCAACCCCUCCGGGGCGCGGGCAGCCGCUGGGGCCGCCUCAGUGGCCGACGCCCAGCCACACUUGCCUCUCCUCGGGGCCCCUCAGCAGACAGGGACAGUCUGUCCUUGGAGGACUGGAAAUUGUCAAUGUUUGAUAAACUGAUUCCCUUUUCUACGUGGUGGGUCAGCUUUUAUUUUUUUUUAACUUUCUCAACAUUCCCUUGAGUUCAACCUAGUGCCCACGAGCCGGGCUGAGAAAGCUGAGUGAGAAGCCAGGCGGGCGGGAACUUGUCCUCAGGAAGGCCGGGUGGGAAGGAAGCCUGGAGGGAACGCCGGGAAGGGCCAACAGGCAAAUCCGCAGGACCGCUCUGCCAUGGGAGCAGCUCCUCCCUCCCCGAGGCUGCCUUCCCUUCACCACAAGGUCCAGAGGGCAUUGCUUUCUAGGAGGCAGCAGCAGUCAGGAGGCAGACUGAGACAGGUGCUGGGGGUCUAGGCCUUCUUGAAGCACCCCAGGGAGUUAGUGGGUCCCGGGUAGAUGGUGCCUGCACCGGCCCCUGCUGGAGCCACUUCCAUCCACGAGGAGCCACUUGAGCCUUGGUGGCCAGAGCUUGACCGUCCAGGAGCACAGCUCUAGUGCAGGGAACCAGAGCCCCCACGGGGGCCCUCCGUUCCGGGCAGGUGGGCCAGUGGGAGCCCUCAGUCACGUGAGCUGAGACAUCACCCGGGUGCAGGCUGCCGGGCCCCUUCUGACGCAGCAAGCUGUGCACCCCCUGCCCAGGGUACGUGCGGAAUCAGCUCCGUCGGGCAGGAGCUUUCCCUGCUAAAGUCCUCCAGAAGCAGCAGUUAAGUCCACCAUGGGACAGCAAGGUUACACACAACGCCCUUGGGCUGGGCCCCAGAUCAGGACUUCAUCUUGCUAAGUGGCAUCACCAUCACCAGCCUCCCCUUAUUUAAAAGUCUGUUGUUGCUGCAGGUGUGUGGUCUACGAAGACUCAGGCGUCCCUCUCCCGCACCGUCCACCUCCACCUCCCGGGGCCACGACAGCACAGCCGCCUGGGUGCACCUCUGUGGGGGCAGCAGGCACGGGGCUGUCACUCCCAUGGGAUCUGGCUGCAGCCAAGGCGGGAGCCUGGUCCUCCCAUCCAGCUCCUUCCGCCGAAGGGCAGGCUCUGGCCACCCAGCCUCUAGGGCUCCAUCUCCCUAGAAAAGUGCCACACCCAGGACACGAGUCAGCAGCAGCAGCGGGCUCAGGGCUUUCCCAGGGGGGCGCGGCUACCCUGGCUGCUUGUCACCUGAGCUCCCCCUCUUACUGCCAUUUUGUAGAUGAGGAAACUGAGGCCAGAAAGGCUGAGUCCCAGCCCCAGGCAUCACACUCAUCUCUUGGGAGCUGGGCUGGGGUUGGGCAGUUGCUGCCCGAGGCCACAUGCUGGAGCCCCCACUCCGCCCCGUGCUCCACUUCAGGAGAGGCGGAGGCCAUCCUGACAUCCGGGGUGCCCGAGCCCAGCACAGACACGCUUCAAUUCCAGGGCCUUGUUGAUUUGUUUCUUAGGCAUGUUCCCUGUCCACCGAGUCCAGUGGGGCUGUCCCAAGAGCUCCUGUAGUGUGCUCCUGGGAAGGGCUGGGGGGAUGGCACAGAGCAGGGAGAGGCCCCAGGGGCAGCUAUCACUGGAAGCCCAGCCAGACGUCCAAGGAAGCUGGCCGGAGCACGGAGCAGCCAGAUGGCCCAGCUGCCCCUGUCCAGGGAGCCCACGCUGACCUCCUUGCACUGGAGAAGCAGCUGUGGGAGCAAACAGAGUCAAGACUUCACCACGGUCGGGAGAAAAUGCGAACUGCCAGGAGCAAGGCCCUUUAAGCAACGUGUUUUAUAAAACUAAAGAAAUCAACAAAUACAUGUGGAAGGUGGACAGUUUUCCCAGCAGGGCAGGGGCGGGAGGGAGGCCGCUGGCACUCCUGGAGCCAGGGGACGGGUGGUGGUCCUGAGUCUGCUCAGAGAGGCCGGGCAGGAGCCGACCAGGCAGGUCCGCUCACGUCCGCCCAGGUUGGUUUGGUGAGAAGCAGCGACUCUGCCCCAUCCCCGCAGCGUUCCCAUCAGCCUGGCUGCAGGAGGCCCUCGCUGUACCCAGGGGCCCGGCUGGCGGGAUCCGGGCACAGAGCCACUUGUCGCUUGGAACAGUCAGUGUCUCCGACACACAAACAUCCACUCCUCUGUUACCAGUUGAAGCACUUUCACGCUUUCAGGUGAAGACGAAACCCUACCUGUGCUUUCCCUGUAGGACGGUGCUUCUCCGAGCAGUAUUAACGGACUCCCUCCAGUAACACAACCCCUGCUUUUGGUAAUGUUAUCUUGGGAAAACGUGUUAUUUUUUUAGCUGUGUUUCAGUGGGGAUUUUUGUUUUUGUAACAUAAUAAAGCGUCUGUUCCAAUGA